AUGGACGCGAGAGCGCAUGCCAAGGCUGGCGACUUCUCCGCAAAUCCUUCCCUUUCGGGUGGACCGUUCUCCACGCCGAACAUUCCGCCAGCGUCCAAGAGCCAGUCCCAACCGGCAUUUGCGACGGCUACUCAUCCUCAUCCUCAUCCUCAUCCUCAUCCUCACCUUCACCAAUAUUGCGCCCUGCCUUUUCACACGGCACCGACUACGUCUGAUCGCACGGGUAGAAACACGCCUCCCCUCACUCCAGUCGGCGCAAACGAUGCGUCGGCCUGUAGCUACGGCUCAGCUCCUCCUCCUCCUCCCGCACAUGCAGCACAUGCGCAUGCGCCUAGACUCCUCCCCUCAGCGACUGGCUUGAUGGCGACCGAACCGCAGGCUGCCGGCCUGCGUUCUACAUACGACCAGGCUAUUGGCAGCUUCGAUGACGAUAAUCUGAGCCAGACAAGCUCGCGCGACCAAGAGAUUUCAUAUGGAGGAGGCGAACAUGCUCCCAUGGGAAAAUCCCACAACGACAACAACAACAACAAUGGCUCCGGACAGCACGGCAAUGACCAUGACCAUGACAAACCGGCCUGGAGUGAUAUGAAAACCAAGGCGGGCAAGGAAAGGAAACGACUGCCGCUCGCAUGCAUUGCGUGUCGGAGGAAGAAAAUUCGAUGCUCGGGCGAGAAACCCGCUUGCAAGCACUGCUCCAAAUCGCGGAUACCAUGUGUGUACAAGGUCACCACGCGCAAGGCCGCUCCACGAACAGACUACAUGGCAAUGUUGGACAAGCGACUCAAGAGAAUGGAGGAGCGCGUCAUCAAGGUGAUUCCGGCCGGAGAAACGAGAGACAUGACGGCCAUUGGCCGAAGCCAGGUUAAACCGACACCCCAAGGCCAGACAAAGCCGGCGUCAAGGGCAGCCCAAAAGAAAAGAUCGGCGGACGAGGCUUUUACUUCUGAAUUAAAUGCAUGGAUGAGUCACUCGGGGAAUGUCACUGUGCCCGAUGCCUUCCCCCUCAGUCGAGAAGGAAAGUCUCUAGAAGGGACAGGAUUGCUCACCGAGGGUGCCGAGUUUCUCCCUUCUCUGGAAAUCCAGGAACACCUUUCUGAGGUCUUUUUUGACUGUGUUUAUGGCCAGUCGUACCUCUUGCUGCAUAAACCAAGCUUUAUGCGAAAGCUAAAAACCGGGGCAAUCCCGCCGGUCGUCAUAUUGGCCGUUUGCGCUGUCUCUGCGCGAUUCUCGACCCAUCCUCAAAUCAAUUCAGAGCCGGCCUUUUUGAGGGGAGAAAACUGGGCCAGCCCCGCCGCAACUAUAGCAAUGAAACGCCACGAUGAACCCAACAUUACCAUUCUAACCGUCUUUCUCCUCCUUGGACUCCACGAAUUUGGCACCUGCCACGGCGGUCGAAGCUGGUCAUUCGGCGGCCAGGCUCUAAGGAUGGCCUACGCUUUGCAGCUCCAUCGAGAAGUCGACCAUGAUCCGCUUAGCCAUAGCGCCAAAUCAUCUGAACUGAGUUUUACCGAUCGGGAGAUACGGAGGCGCACGAUGUGGGCAUGUUUUCUGAUGGACAGGUACAACUCAUCCGGAAGCCAACGCCCCCCAAUCGGUAACGAAAAGUUUAUUCAAAUACAGCUUCCAGUUAAGGAGUCACACUUCUUGAUGGAGAUUCCAGGUCCAACAGAAGACCUAAGCGGCGACGUACCCAAUCCCGUGCCAGAGGGCCAAGGUCAGCUUUCCGACCCGAAAGUUAACAUGGGAGUUUCGGGUUAUAUAAUUCGAACAAUCAUUAUAUGGGGCCAUAUUGUUGAUUACCUCAAUUUGGGAGGGAAAAGGAAGGACCCAUACCCUCUAUGGGACCCUAACUCCGGCUACAUGAGGCUGAAAAAAGAAAUUGAAGAUUUUGCCUCUUCUUUGCCAAAAUCCCUCGUAUUCAACAAUGAAAAUCUUCAAGACCACGCAGCGGAAAAAGUGGCUAACCAAUUUAUAUUUUUACACAUCAUCAUUCAUCAAAACAUUCUCUUUUUGAACCAGUUCGCCAUACCUCUGGCUCCAGGAGGCCGUCCGCCAAAAGGUAUGCCGAUGACCUUUUUGAGUGACGCCGGCAAGGCUGCAGUGGAAGCAGCACAUCAUAUAUCCUCGUUGAUUGAUCAAGCAAACGGUCACUCACUGACUGUUCCGUUUGCAGGCUAUUGUGCAUACUCGGCCAGCACCGUACAUAUCUGGGGCAUCUUUUCGAAAAAUGCACAGCUGGAAGCACGUUCCAAGGAAAAUUUACGCCACACUUACCGCUAUCUCAAUCAAAUGAAACGAUAUUGGGGUAUGUUUCAUUACAUGGUUGAAAGUGCCAAAGAUCGAUAUCGGCAAUUCGCAGAUGCUGCUAUUCGGGGCCCCAUGCCGAAUACAUCUGCAUCUUCGAAGGAGACUCAAUCCAUGUUUCAGUAUGGGGAUUGGUUUGAUAAAUAUCCCCAUGGAGUCUCCAGAAUGCACUGGGAAGAUCCCGACACAACCAGUACGAAUGAGACUGGUGAUGACGCCGUCAUGGGCCAGCGGCCUAACCUACAAAGUGUAGAGGAAUUUUUUGCCAGUCUAUCGCCUAGCCAGGCGACCAUUGAGCCACGGAAACAACGGAAAAAAUCAAAUAACCACACAGCAUCAUCGUCUCUUCCAUCCUUACCACAGUCGACAAGAACAGGCUUCACUACACAAUCACAGAACCAGCCGGUGAUGGACUUGUCAGCGGCGAACGCACCGGCUAUGAUCAACUCUGGGAUAAAUUAUGCAGACUUUGGCGAUGCUGGUUUAUUCCAGACACCCGCCGAUGUUUUUGACCAACCGGCCUUCGAUUUUGGAAUGACGUCCGAUCAGAUACCUCAACUCGAUCGGCACUUUGUCUACGGGUCGUAUUCUGGAAUCAACCCAUCUGCGGUGGCCUCUGGCCACCUAGGGCUACAAAAUGCCGAGAACCAGCCCGGUGGAAAUAAUAAUAAUAACAAUGAAUCUUCCGCAGUCUGGACCGACCCUUUUGCUCCAGCCGGCACGGGAGAAUUCCAUCAGCCGAGUGCCUGGUUCUUACCCUUUAACCUCGAACCCCUUGGCGGCGGUAUGGGGGGUGAUAUCGCAGGUCAAUUGCAAAAUCCACCGGCCACUGACCUGGGCGGUGCUGGUAACGUGUUGAAUACGUUUGAUUUGGGUAUGUCGGACAUGAGGAAUCAGGGGCCGACGACAUGA